AUGAAUAAUCUUUCCAAAAUCAUUAAAAACUGGUUAAAAGUCAGGUCACGUGAUUCGAUCUUUCCACACAAUCUGCCAUCAUGGGUCGCAUGCACGCGCCAGGCAAGGGUAUCUCAUCCUCAGCACUGCCCUACCGUCGCAGUGUGCCAACAUGGCUGAAACUGUCCUCUGAUGACGUCAAAGAGCAGAUCUUCAAGUUGUCCAAGAAGGGAUUGUCACCAUCCCAGAUCGGUGUGAUCCUGCGUGACUCCCACGGUGUCGCCCAGGUCCGCUUUGUGACCGGCAACAAGAUCCUGCGCAUCCUGAAGGCCAAGGGGCUUGCUCCUUCUCUCCCCGAGGAUCUCUACUGCCUCAUCAAGAAAGCUGUGGCUGUCCGAAGACAUCUGGAGAGAAACCGCAAGGACAAGGACUCCAAGUUCCGUCUGAUUCUGAUUGAGAGUCGUAUCCACAGACUGGCUCGUUACUACAAGAUCAAGAGAGUCCUAUCUCCAAACUGGAAAUAUGAGUCAUCGACCGCCUCGGCCCUUGUAGCGUAAACAGCACCAACGAUCUCUACGUCCAGAGCUGUUGACGGUACGUCAAGCAGAACAGUUACCAUGGCAGUGGAGUUUUUUUAAACAUCGGAUGAAUCAUUGUAAACAGUCUAACGUGAAACAUGCGCCAUUUGGGGUUUAUUGAAUAAAACAGGAGGUUUUACCUUCGGUUGUAGAGAAUCGGAA